CCGGGCCCGGGUCUGCAGCCUGCUGGUGCGCCCCAGCUCGGGAGGGCCCUCCUGGACCCGGGAGCGGACCCUGGUGGCCGUGAAGCCAGAUGGGGUGCAGCGGCGGCUUGUUGGGGAUGUGAUUCGACGUUUUGAGAGGAGGGGCUUCAAGCUGGUGGGGAUGAAGAUGCUUCAGGCGCCAGAGAGUGUCCUUGCUGAGCACUACCAUGACCUUCAGAGGAAGCCCUUCUACCCAGCCCUCAUCAGCUACAUGAGCUCCGGCCCCGUGGUGGCCAUGGUCUGGGAAGGCCCCAAUGUGGUCUGCACCUCAAGGGCCAUGAUAGGACACACUGACUCAGCUGAGGCUGCCCCUGGCACCAUUCGAGGAGACUUCAGCUUCCACAUCAGCAGGAAUGUCAUCCACGCCAGUGACUCCGUGGAGGGGGCCCAGAGGGAGAUCCAGCUGUGGUUCCAGAGCAAUGAGCUGGUUGACUGGGCUGACGAAGGCCACUGGAGCAGCCUCUACCCAGCCUGAGCCUCAGGCUGCCCUCGGCUGCCCCAGCAUCCACCCAGGACCAACUACCUCUGUCCACAAGAACUUGAGCCCAUCCCUGUGCUCUGCCUAUCUGUUCCAGACCACUUCCAUGUUCACCUUCUGCCUCAGCCUAGAGCAGUUGAGCCAACUUCAUGUGCCUUUUGGUAUCCUAAGCCAGUGAUAGAUUGGACCAAAUACUUUGCAUACCAAAAUGCCAGACCACCUUUGGGGUGUCUCCAAAAGUGGGUAGUUUAAUCUCCCCUCCUCCAUAGGGGACACAUUAAAAUUCACUGUGCUGUGCA